AUGGUCAAACGCUCCGCACAAUGCAAGUUCCCCGUUGCGAGGAUCAAAAAGAUCAUGCAAGCCGACGAAGAUGUUGGAAAAGUUGCGCAAGCUACGCCUGUUCUCAUUUCAAAAGCACUAGAGCUGUUCAUGGCGAGCAUCGUGGAAGAGACAGUGAAAGAAACGCGCAGUUGUGGAGCGAAGAAGAUGACUCCUUAUCAUGUCAAGCGAACAGUGCACACAAACGAAACCUUCGACUUCCUCAAAGACAUUGUCGCCAAAAUUCCCGAUCCGGUCGAAACAGAUAGCAGCGUCGCAGGUUCUGGAGCAGCAGCAGGCGACAACAGAGGUGGAAAGCGACGAAAGACCGCUAAGAAUGCUGAGGAGUCUGAUUAA